AUGGCCUCUUCAAGCCUCCUGGACAAGGGCAGCACGCAGCUUAUUCGCAACACCGCGGCUUCUCAAUUAGCCGAUGUUCAAAAACAGAAUCCUGACAAUCUUUUCUCUUUGCUCGGACGUAUUCUUCCAUAUUUGCAGUCCAAGUCCUGGGACACUCGGACAGCUGCUGCCAAAGCCAUCGGCGGCAUCAUCAGCAAUGCGGAUAAGUUUGAUCCAAAUGCCGAUGACCUGGAAACAAAACCAGACCCCGCAAACGCAGAGGAUCUUCCAGCCACACUUGAGGAACUCUCCCCCUAUGCUGAUGACCACUUACAACUAGACAAGCUUGAUAUCAAGUCAAUCCUCCGCCAUGGCAAGAAACUCCUUGGUAGUGCUGGCAAGGAGUACGAGUACUCGAUGGCCGGCAUGACGCCAGCUCAGCGCCUUGCUCAUCAAAAACAAAGCCUGACCAACCGUUUGGGCCUUGCUGGAGAAUAUAUGGAAGAUGACAUCGUCAACGAGAAUGAUUUUGCAACAAACUCACAACACAAAGUUUCACAACCUACAACCCUCUCACGAGUCGACACUAAAUCUGCCGCCCAGCGAUCUGACAGUUUCGGGACCAGUUCACCGUUCAGUGCCAUAUCACCUUCGGAAAACCCAUCAAUCGACGAAACCGGGCUCAGUAAACGCCAGUUGAAUCAGCUGAAGCGCAAAAACAAAUCAGCCGCAAAGGCUGGCGCCAACAAGAUGAGAGUCGUUGACUUAUCAGGACGUCGACCGUCGGAGCCUGCUAAUACCCCUGUAACUGCAACCCCCCAUCCUGUCAAGCUCAAUGGCCAUGAUGACUCCAAUGGCAGCUCAAAGCCAGACUACUUCUCCAUCAAGCGAGAAGGGCCUGAUGAUGAUACGGCACUGGUGUCUGAAUUCAAGGGCGAAGCUGUCGAGGAGAAGCCAAUCAUCCAGCCUGACGAGGAGCAUGCACACGAUUGGCCAUUCGACGUUAUGUGCGACUUCCUUUCCAUCGACCUGUUUGAUCCGAACUGGGAGAUUCGGCAUGGCGCCGCUCUGGGUCUACGAGAAAUAGUCCGUGUCCACGGUCGAGGAGCUGGUCGACGUUUCGGAAGAUCGAGAGUUGAGAACGACCUUUCCAAUAAGUGUUGGCUGGACGACCUUGCUUGUCGUCUCCUAUGUGUCCUAAUGCUUGAUCGUUUUGGUGACUAUGUCAGCGAUACCGUGGUGGCUCCUAUCCGAGAGUCUGUUGGCCAAACUCUGGGUGCUCUUUUGACCCAGCUUUCAGACGAAACGGCUAUCUCCACUUAUGCCUUCCUUCAGAAGAUGAUAUACCAACAAGACUCCGGUGUCCCAGUCCCCAUUUGGGAGGUCUGCCAUGGUGGCAUGAUUGGUCUGAGAUAUUUUGUUGCCGUUCGAAAGGAUCUACUCCUUCAAAAUAUAACUCUCAUCGAUGGCGCCGUUGCCGCAGUCGUCCAUGGCCUCGCUCACAAUGAUGACGAUGUGAAGUCAGUUAGUGCCGCAACACUCAUACCAAUUGCUGGUGAACUCACUACAAUGCGGCCUGAGGCACUGUGCGGCCUUAUCAGCGUUGUCUGGGAUUGCCUCUUAGACAUGCAAGAUGAUCUCAGUGCAAGUACUGGUGCAGUGAUGGACCUGCUUGCAACUCUCUGUUCCUACCCUCAGAUCUUGGAUGCCAUGCGUAAGAACGCCGCGGGCGAUCCGGACCAGUCAUUCGAUAAUCUCGUCCCUCGCCUCUAUCCCUUCUUGAGGCAUACAAUCACCAGCGUGCGGCUCGCUGUCUUGAAGGCCUUAACAACCUUUUUGAACAUUUCAAAUUCAGAGAGCACACAAUGGGUUGAUGGACGCAUCACACGGUUAAUCUUCCAAAACAUGCUGCUCGAAAGGAACGAAACAGUGCUAUGGGCCUCAUUCGAGGUAUGGCAAGCCUUGGUUGAAUUUAUGCAACGCCAAGGCCUCUAUCAAUUCACUGGCACCGUCGAACCGCAUAUCCCUUACAUGCUCAAGGCUACAACUCAACCCAUUGGUCAAGCCCGAAGCCCCAUCCCUAUGGACAUUUCACUGCUCAUUAAACCUUCUGGAGCUACAAUGCCGGCUAUCGCAACAAAGCUUGGGCCUAGUCAGGAAUCUGACCAACCUUCUAAGAAGCGUCGGAAGGUCGAAGCGUCUGACGCGACUCAGCAACACUCCCACAAUACUGAUGGGCACAUGUUAAAUGGUGAAGUAGACUUGGUGGGCGUUGAGGUUAUGGUUCGGUCCCGAAUUGCCUGCGCUAGAGCGUUGGGUCUGCUACUGGGUAAGAUGAAUGAACAACAUCUGACGGACUACUGGACGACUCUUGGCCCGCUUGUCAGCUCUCCGUAUUCGAGCUCGAAGCUAUUCACGUCAAUGCUUCUCGAAGAAUUUUCACGGCAUCAAACGCUCAAGCCUUCUAACCUGUCCAGCAUUCUGACACAACUGCAGCAGGUCCUGGACGAUGAUGGCAAUUCAUGGUACUCUGACAUCGUCUCUGCCCUGCAGGCUGCUCGCGGGCAAUGUCAAAGUUUGAUCAGCGCAUUCCAGAAUAAUGCACAUGUUCCACGAGAUAAGCUUCCUGCUAUUGCGGUGGUUUGCCAAGGAGACAAGGGCGCAGGCCCUAAGGCUUUCUCGUUGGCUGAUGCUGAACGCAUAGUGACCACAGAUUUUGAACGCCUUCUCAAGGGCCUCACUCCUUCGCAGCGAAUUUCAGGUGUGCAAUAUUUGAACGAUGCUCGCUCAAAUGCUCAGACAGCUGUGCAGGAUGCGCGAGCGCUGAAGACCAGUCGAGAUACGGCCAUCAAGGCGGCUGUUGCCGCAAUAUUUGUGAGGCUUCGAGAAAUUCCCAAAAGGCCAGGCCAAUUGAUCAAAUGUAUCAUGGACAGCAUAAAGGGAGAAGAAAAUGAAGAAUUGCAGUCGCGGUCAGCGUCGGCUGUAGCUGCACUCAUCGAUUUCUAUACAACGAGUCCGAAACGUGGACCAGUGGAUAAAUUGGUCUCGAACUUGGUCAAGUUUACUUGCGUCGACACCUCAGAAACUCCGGAGUUUGCCCCUAAUGCCUCCUUCGAAGAUGUUGUGCUGUCACUCCGGAAGGAAGAGGAUAGAAAAGACCACCCAGAUGCUGCGCGCUUCGAACAAGAAGCUAAAGAAGCCAAGAUCAUGCGGCGGGGCGCGAAAUGCGCCCUAGACGAAUUGGCACGCACAUAUGGCAGCGAUCUACUUGAAAGACUCCCAGUGCUGAAGUCGCUGGUCGAAGGACCAAUUCAGGAUAUUGUGGGACCGGUGGAUGCGGCUACCCUGCAAGUCGAGAAUGAACUCGGCCAAUCACUGGUCGAUGCCUUCUCGGUCCUGCGUACAAUGUCACCGAAUCUUGACCCAUCCCUUCAUACUUGGAUACUCUCCAUGACACAAUUGAUCGGCAAAGCUAUGCGAAGCCGGCUAUCAGUCGUCCGCUAUAGUGCUGCAAAGUGUUUUGCUACUUUAUGCAGCGUUAUUCCGGUGAAUGGCAUGACGAUGCUUGUUCAAGAAAUCCUUCCCAACAUCGGAAAUCCGCUUGAUCUGAGAGAUCGGCAGGGGAUUACCGAAUGUGUCUACCACCUGAUUCAGGUCAUGGGCGACCGAAUCUUGCCUUACGUGAUAUUUCUCAUCGUUCCUGUGCUUGGUCGUAUGAGCGAUGCGAACAAUGAAAUCCGGUUACUUGCGACGACAUCGUUUGCUACAUUGGUCAAACUUGUACCCCUUGAGGCUGGCAUUCCCGACCCACCAGGUAUUCCAGAAGCAUUACUGGAAGGCCGUGAGCGGGAACGUAAAUUUAUGGCCCAAAUGUUAAAUCCAAAGAAGGUCGAACCAUUCCAAAUCCCCGUCGCAAUCCAGGCCGAGUUGCGGUCAUACCAACAGGAUGGCGUCAAUUGGUUGGCAUUUCUCAACAAGUACAACCUUCACGGAGUACUGUGCGAUGACAUGGGCCUAGGGAAAACACUUCAAACACUCUGUAUGGUAGCCAGCGACCACCACAUGCGAGCUGAAGAAUAUGCAAAAACACAGGCACCCGAUAUGCGCCGCUUGCCAUCACUCAUCGUCUGCCCGCCAACACUUUCCGGUCACUGGCAGCAAGAGAUCAAGCAAUAUGCACCAUUCCUAAGUUGUGUGGCAUAUGUAGGGUCACCCACCGAAAGAGGAAGCCGUCGCAACCUCCUCGAGAAUGCCGACGUUGUUAUCACUUCCUAUGACGUAUGCCGCAAUGACAACGAUGUACUCGCGGCAAUCACCUGGAACUAUUGUGUGCUUGACGAAGGACAUUUGGUCAAGAAUCCAAAGGCAAAAAUAACGCUUUCCGUAAAGAAGAUCCUCUCCAAUCACCGUCUCAUUUUGUCAGGCACGCCUAUUCAGAAUAAUGUGCUCGAGCUAUGGUCGUUGUUUGACUUCCUCAUGCCGGGAUUUUUGGGUACAGAGAAGGUUUUCCAGGAUCGGUUUGCGAAACCGAUAGCCGCCAGCAGGAAUGCAAAAUCCUCAUCCAAAGAACAAGAAGCAGGUGCCCUCGCAAUCGAAGGCCUCCACAAACAGGUCCUUCCCUUCCUCCUCCGACGGUUGAAAGAGGAGGUACUGAAUGAUCUGCCACCCAAAAUCCUUCAGAACUACUACUGUGACCCAAGCGAUCUUCAGAAACGUCUGUUCGAAGAUUUCUUCAAAAAGGAGCGCAAGACCGUUGAGAACAGUGUGGGUUCAGCUGACAAAGAAGCCAAGCAACACAUCUUCCAAGCACUUCAAUACAUGCGAAAGCUUUGCAAUUCUCCUGCGCUGGUUGUAAAGGAGGGGAACAAGCAGUACGAAGCGAUUCAGAAGCAGCUAGCUGCUUCUAAAUCAUCACUUCGAGAUGUAGCACACGCCCCCAAAUUAGGAGCUCUGCGCGACCUCCUGGUGGAUUGCGGAAUUGGUGUCAGUAACGAGUCGAGCGAUGUCUCAGCUUCCAACUACGUCUCCCAGCACCGGGCCUUGAUAUUCUGUCAGAUGAAAGAAAUGCUGGACAUGGUGCAGACUGAAGUAUUGGCGAAAUUGCUUCCCAGCGUGCAGUACUUGCGUCUUGAUGGUAGUGUCGAAGCUACUAAGCGACAAGGGAUUGUCAACCAAUUCAACAACGACCCUAGCUAUGACUGUCUGUUGUUGACCACAAGCGUCGGAGGCCUCGGACUGAACUUGACAGGGGCAGACACGGUGAUCUUUGUUGAACAUGACUGGAACCCUCAGAAGGACAUUCAAGCGAUGGACCGAGCGCACAGAAUCGGACAAAAGAAAGUAGUCAACGUGUAUCGCUUGAUAACUCGGGGAACUUUAGAGGAGAAAAUCCUCAAUCUUCAGCGAUUCAAGAUCGAUGUGGCGUCUACCGUUGUCAAUCAGCAAAACGCUGGAUUGGGAAGCAUGGAGACUGAUCAAAUUCUGGAUCUCUUUAAUCUCGGUGAGACGGCUGACACUGGCGGUGAGAAUAACGGGACCGGAAAGGAUGAAGAUAUGGUGGAUCUUGAGACGGGUGAAGUGAAGAAGAAAGGGGAGAAAGGAUGGUUUGACGACGUGGGUGAGCUAUGGGAUGAACGACAGUACGAGGAAGAGUUCAAUCUGGACUCGUUUGUGCAGAAUCUGCAGAAAUGA